GAAGUCUGUCUGACUGACUGUCAGUCAGCUGUCAGAGGUUUUGUGUUGUUGUUUUGAGAAGAAAAAAUUCUUGUAAAAUAAAAAGCCAGGCAGUAAAUUGGUAGACCUACACUACACAUAAUAUCAUCAUUACGAAUUAUAAUUCAAGUCGGCAAAUAUGUCGGAAUCUUACGAAUAUCUGUUCAAGUUCCUAGUUAUUGGAAGUGCUGGGACUGGAAAAUCUAGUCUUCUGAAUAAUUUUAUUGGGAACAAAUUUAAAGAAGACAGAUGUCAUACAAUUGGUGUUGAAUUUGGUUCCAAGAUUGUCAAUAUUGGAGGUAAAUCAACAAAACUGCAAAUAUGGGACACUGCUGGACAGGAAAGGUUCCGCUCAGUUACUCGAUCUUAUUACCGGGGUGCUGCUGGGGCCCUGCUUGUCUAUGAUAUCACUUCGCGUGAUUCAUUCAAUGCCUUGGCCAAUUGGCUCCGUGACGCAAGAACUCUGGCUAGCCCGAAUAUAGUGAUCUUGCUUGUUGGCAAUAAGAAAGAUUUGGAAGAAUCAAGGGAAGUCACAUUCACAGAAGCCAGCCAAUUUGCUCAGGAAAAUGAGUUAAUGUUCCUGGAAACAAGUGCUAAAACAGGAGAAAAUGUGGAGGAAGCAUUUUUGAAAUGCUCCAAAACAAUACUAGCCAAAAUUGAAACUGGGGAGUUAGACCCUGAGAGGAUUGGUUCCGGAAUCCAGUAUGGCACAUGCACAUCUAAGAAGUUAAGUGCACCGAAGAAACCUGCUCGGACACCCUCCGAGUGUGCUUGUCGUGUUUAGAUCAGGUAUGUCUCCUUUGUUAACCCGGAAUAUAAUGGUCUGAUUUAUUGAUUCUAAAUCAAGAAAUAAAAAAGGAGGGCUAUGUGUAAUAAGUAAUAUAAUAAUGUAUGUCAAUAUUAUAUGUACUAUGAUUACAGGGCUACAUCCAUAAUUUACUACAAAUGAAAGUUUCAACACAAAAACCUGUGAAAUCAGGUUUUAAGUGUUUUUGAAAUCUUUUAUAAAAUAUAUUCCAAAUCACCAAUUUACUGAAACCAAUUGAAAAAUAUUUUAAUUCAAAAUUUAUGAAUAUUUGUUGAUGAUUUGUAUCCACUGUAAGUGCACCUACAAUACUACAUAUAGUACAUAGUAUAAAAAGUACCUAUGUACUUUCUCAGGUUACCAUCAUGUUUAAAUCAAUGGUUAUGAAAAAUAUGAAUUUAGCAAGGCAUUUUUGUAUUUUUGCUACAGUUCCUGCCAUAGACUGCUUUGAUUAUUUUAUAAUAAUAAAAGAGCAAAUAUUUAGUUCAGACUUUACAUUUAUUAUAAAAAUAAUUUAUUACAAUAUUAAAAAAACGUAGUAAAUUGUGGAUGAAUUAAGUAAGAGCAAAUAAACUUGUGUUAUAUCACUAUAUUUUCAAAUACAUAGCAAAAUAUAAAUUUUCAUAUUUGACUAUUAGGUCCCAUUCAUAUCUUAGGACGGGAGUUGGUGGCGGGAGUAGCGCACUUUAAAUUGUAGCACGAUUUAUACUCGGCAAUGGGUACCGUUACUGUACCCUAUAAUAAAAUCACGUUUCGAAAACCUCGCUUUUGCUGCGAAUAUACGACAGCAGAAAUAGAGUAGUGGACACCCUAGUCUAGUCCUUUUUUUAAUUGUCAAAACGCGAAUCUCCCUCUAAAAGACAAUGCCGGAAAUUGGCGCAUUAUUUUUUCGCACGGAAAUCGACCACACCUUGUUUUUUAUUACAAAAUAGUGUAAUAAACCAAACUUACUAUGACAUGUAUCCUCUAAACUCAGUCUGAACUGAGUUACGAGCAUUAGAAGUUUGAUGAUUUUACAUACUAGAUUUGCUUUUUGCGCGCAAGUUUUGUAAGAAAUUGCAACAAAAUAGUAACAUUGUAUGUGUAAACCAACAAUACCAUCCGUUAUAGGCUCCAGCCAUCAGUGCGGUGAGCAGAAUCAGCGCAAUAAAAGACGGCACAUACGCACAUAUUAUACUUACGUAUAUUCUAGUAGUACAUUGAGUAAUAUUUAUGUGUCGGGGUUUAAAAUCGCGCCGUGAGUUCUUAGCCUAAAUCGGACUAAACCAUGCUUUUGGAGUGAUGCCCCUUUUCGAACAUCAAUAAGGAAUAUUAUAAACGCACCUUUAUAGCUCGUAUUGAUUGACUGCGCUUCUAAUGUGAUCAUAGCUUUGUCGGGAAAUGCUUUGCCGACGUAAAAAUAAGCCUUCGGUCAGUGGGUUUAUGUGGGACUCCCUGCCAGAAGAGGGGGACCUACCUAGUCUACCCAUUGAAACCCGAUGGUGUCCACCGGAGCCCAAUGAAACGGAGCUGCUAGUUAUUGUUCUAACUUGGACAUUCGUUCGCAGUCCCGUCUCAGUCUAUGGCUCGCUCUCGAGUGAAUCAUGGCUAGAUUGAUUUUCCUUCCCCACCCGUGCCCGCCCUUACGAUAUGAGAAGCGCUUGUGAUGCUAACAUAUUUAUGAAAACCAUCUAAAGUUUGGUUUUUCGCUUUAAAUGUGAUCUUAUCUUGUUUUCUUUUCGACUGACUUUGACGAUUUAGAGUUAUAAGGAUAACCUAUACCUACUCAUAAAUUAGUGUGUAAAUAAUUUGAACAGUGAUGAUUAAUUAUUCUGAUGUUUCAUGUAACUAACAUUAUCAUAAGAUAAGAUAUUAUAGAGAUUAUUGUUCAUUUAAUAAAUUACCACCACCUUUAUACAUAUUUAUAAAUAAAAAAAACGGUUAAAUUAUGUAUUAUGAAUUUCAAACUUAAACAUUUGUAAAAUUAUAUUUUAUGUAAUAAAAGUAUCUUGAAAAAUAAUUCUAAAUACUUUCAGAAGUCUAAUAAUGUACUAAGAGGAAAGAUAUCUAGGGAUGUAGGCCAUGAAUGAAACGUUCCCAUCCCACGUGACCAUUCUUUUAAUGUUGACCCCAAAACUCAAACUGGCGAACCAACAAAAAUGCGUGUUGAUAUUUAUUUUCGCACAAAACUUUUGCAUUCUUAACUGGUUAUUCCUUGAAGAUUAAUAGCUAUCUCCAAAAUUCAACCUAUAAAUAAAAUAUGUCUUAAAAAUCUAUUCAUAACGCAUGGGCUUAUGGUUCUUAAACAUGCGAUAGUUGAUAUAUUUUUACGGCAAAUUGCGAUUCCUUCAGAGAAUUUGUAAAGCAAUAGGAAGGAACUUAUUAUUACGUCACUUGUUCAUAAACUUGAAAGCCCAAAAUUUAACUUUACACUUGAUUCAAUCAUAUUUAGUGCCGUAAGAUUAAGAGUUCUAUUUACUUGUUUAAUUGUAGUAACAGAGUAACGAUGCCGGGCGUUUUGAGUUUUGGUAUUAAUAAUAUUUCUGGUGAAUGGUACCGUCCAAAAUUAUUUCAACGUCGGAACUUUCCUGAAAGAAUAAGGACGUACGAUAUCUCACGUAGUCAUCUUCAUAGGAAGAUGAAACAAUUGUGUUUUAUGGUACUAACAAAACAUGUUUUAUAAAAUAUUGCAAGGAUAAUCUAAAAAUUAAAAUUUAUGGACACUGUUAUUAGACGUAGUUAAUUAGUGAUAUUUAUUUUUCCUAGUUUUAAAUACUGUAUCUGAUUUUCAACUGCACCAUUUAUUGUAAUUUGACAAUAAAACAAAUGUAAGUAA